AUGAUGGAGAUGGAGUCAGGGUAAUGCUCUCGGCAAGAUGAAAAUAUCACAUAUGUCGAUGCUAAUAUACUUUUGUCAUGCGUUAUUGUUUUCUUAUACCAUGGCAUUGUUGAAUACUUGUUUCUGAUUGGCUUGAAGUGCAUUCUAGAGUGCAUUAUUUCCCUAUAACGCACAGUAUAUUUGCACAGUAGAAUUCAAUGGCUAUAGUAAAUUCUUACAUGUUCUAUGUUUGAGCUGCUUUUGAAAGCGAAAGUUGAAUUGAAAACAUUAUUGGCAUUGUUGAAUUUGAUUUUCAUAAUGGCAAGCUAGGACCAAUGGUUUGCUUAGCUAAACUAGCAAGUCUGUGUGUUUGGUUAUCACAGCAACUACUGUAGCUACACUACUGCUCGUCGAACGUCUCAUUCCAAAAUCAUGGGCAUUAAUAUGGAGUUGGUCGCCUCUUUGCUGCUAUAACAGCCUCCACUCUACUGGGAAGGCUUUCCACUAGAUGUUGGAACAUUGCUGCGGGGACUUGCUUCAAUUCAGCCACAAGAGCAUUAUUGAGGCCGGGCACUGAUGUUGGGCGAUUAGGCCUGGCUUGCAGUCGGCGUUCCAAUUCAUCCCAAAGGUGUUCGAUGGGGUUAAGGUCAGGGCUUUGUGCAGGCCAGUCAAGUUCUUCCACACCGAUCUUGACAAACCAUUUCUGUAUGGAGCUAGCUUUGUGCACAGGGACAUUGUUUGCUGAAACAGGAAAGGGCCUUCCCCAAACUGUUGCCACAAAGUUGGAAGCACAGAAUUGUCUAGAAUGUCAUUGUAUGCUGUAGCGUUAAGAUUUCCAUUCACUGGAACUAGGGGCCUAGCCCAAACCAUGACAAACAACCCCAGACCAUUAUUCCUCCUCCACCAAACUUUACAGUUGGCACUAUGCAUUGGGCCAGGUAGCGUUCUCCUGGCAUCCGCCAAACCCAGAUUCGUCCGUCGAACUGCCAGAUGGUGAAGGGCAUGGUGAUCUUAGGCUUGUGUGCGGCUGCUCGGCCAUGGAAACCCAUUUCAUGAAGCUCCCGACAAACAGUUAUUGUGCUGACGUUGCUUCCAGAGGCAGUUUGGAACGUGGUAGUGAGUGUUGCAACCGAGGCCAGACAAUUGUUACGCGCAAUUCCCUUCAGCACUCGCUGGUCCCGUUCUGUGAGCUUGUGUGGCCUACCAUUUCGUGGCUGAGCCGUUUUGCUCCUAGAUGUUCACACCUCAUAAUAACAGCACUUACAGUUGACCGGGGCAGCUCUAGCAGGGAAGAAAUUUGACGAACUGACUUGUUGGAAAGGUGGCAUCCUAUGACGGUGCCACGUUGAAAGUCACUGAGCUCUUCAGUAAGGCCAUUCUACUGCCAAUGUUUGUCUAUGGAGAUUGCAUGGCUGUGUGCUCGAAUUUAUACACCUGUCAGCAACGGGUGUGGCUGAAAUAGCCGAAUCCUGUCAUUUGAAAGGGUGUCCACAUACUUUUGUAUAUUUAGUCUAUCUAGUAAACUUGCUAGCUACUUGAACACAUUUCUACCGUCAAAUGAACACAUUUCUAGUGGCAAAUGUGUUAAAUUAUAGCCAUGGUAUAAAAGGGAAAAUCAACUCGGGGGUCUAUGCGUUCUCUGGAAAAUAAUGCAACUCCGUGGAAGGUCAGUUCCACUCCGCUACUGCAGCCUUACAUAUGGUAUUAGAUUGAGUAUGUCUUGUUUCAUGCUCAUUCUGUAUUUGGUGCAUGUGUUUUAUUGAUUGGGGGACUCUGUGUUUGUGUGUACUCUGUGUGUGGGUGGAAGGAUGGAUGGUUGGGAGGUUCAAUUUCAGCUGCAGAAGGUCUCACAGCAGGAUAGAAAGAGAGGGAGUAUGCAGAGAGGACAAUUAGGGAUACAUUAAGAAAUAAGCAUAAUUUUUUACAGUUUUUUUUCUCUCCAGAAACAGCACCUACUCAUGACUUUGCUCUUUUCUCAAUUAAAUUCACAGACUCACUUGGCUCUGGACGAACAGAAGCAUAGUGAUGAGAUGUUUAAAAUAAAACAGAACUCAUUGUCCCCCAUAGAGAAGACCAGACUGUAACCAAGCUCUGGCUCCUGUCGCCCUGCAAGGUCAAACCGGCGACUCCACUGCCAACCCCAGGCAGUGUGGUGCCUCUCUCUCUCCCUCUCUCCCUCUCCCCCACACCCUCGCUCUCCCUCUCUCCCCUCGCUAUCCUCCUCUCUCUCUCCCACCUCUCCCUCCACCCUCUCUCCUCCCCCUUCACUACCCCUCCCUCGUCCUAUCAGCUGUGGUGCCACCAGCCAGGGGAGGGAAGAGAUGAGAUGGAAGAUGGAGGAGGAUACAUGGCUGAUCAGCCAGCCAGUCAUUCAGUCAAGAGGAAGUGAUUAGGCGUGUCCCUUCCUCACACUAUAUAAAUGAGCGUCAUUAGGUGUGCUGGCCCUGGGCAGGUGGGCCUGGGGGGAGACCCUGGUGUCCUCACUUCUUCUGCUAAAAGCCAGCCUUCCUGUCCCUCCAUCCCCUCUUUCCCUGGGUCACUAAGUCACUGCAUGUUAAGGUAUCAACACAGGGAGCCUUCUGUGAUAACAGAGAGAACUCAUUAUUAGGACAAAAAGGAUUACACAGUGCUUAUAUGUCAGUACCGUGUGUCUCGAUUAAAAUCUAUCUUUAUUUUUGACUGUCUCACAGUCUCUCAUCCAUACACCUACCCCAUCCGCCCCUGUGUUGUGUAAGUGUAACCCUCUCCCUCUCUAAGAUCAGUGUGUGUCCUGUGUAGCUGUGUGACAGUACUGCUCCCAUCCUGUCAGACCAAGGCACUCUCUCUCAGUCACGGUGUAGGAGCACCUGCCCUCUCCAACCGGUCACGUCACUGGCUCUCAACAAAGACCUUUAAAAGUCAACUGUUGGAAGAGGCAUCACACUUAACUUACAAUGCUGUUCUUUUGGAAUUCUAGACAUAGUGAUGAAUCAUGCAAUUCACAUAGCCUACAGUACAACAUGUCCUAUGAACAGCACUGUUGACUGCAUACUUAUUAUUUCCAUAGGCUGCAAUGUCUGACUCUAAAGCAGACAUUACCUCAGCAGGAGUUUCAGUGAACAUGGAAUAAUCAUUAUUAUUCAUGUCUGGAAAGAGGAUUUACAGUAUAUUACAGUAAAUGCAAUUCUUAGUAGAUAUAAUUGAGGCACGAUAACAAUUCUCCACUGGAAUUGUCAAAACAACAACAUUUUACUGUCAAUUUAUUUGAGAUAUUUCCGUUUGUAUUGAAUUACCCAUAUCAAUAACAGGCAUUAAUGUACAGUACCCUAUGAGGUCUCACUGGCAACAGACUAGAUCUUUCCAUCAGACUGCCAUGAUGGGAAUAUACCUACCCGUAUGUUUUGUGUGUUUAUGUUGCAUAUUGUGUAUAUACAAUAGAAAAAGUGUUCCAUUGAGGUAAAGCAGCAUCAGUAUUGAGUGUGACAUUUGAGCGUUUGACAGUUUGUUUACUGUAUUUCGGUUCGACCCACAGUCAAGUACACAGUGUUUGUAUAACACACACAAAGUUUCCGUGUCGUUCUAUUUCACAUGCAGGUCCUCUGUGCUAAAGGAGGGAGUGCUUGAACUCAGUGCAGUCCUUUUACUGCAAUUAUUUUGUAUUAAAGACAUGCUAUGUUCUUCACAUUUUCUCAACAGUACCUUGGGAAACGUCUGAGUUAAACACUAUUUCGGGGCAAUGAAAUCCUGAAACAUGAAAUCACACCUUAAUAACACGAUUGUGUCAGUGACACUGUCUUCCCUCUGUUUCUGUCUCACACCCUCUCUCUCUCUCUCUCGCUCUCUCUCUCUCUCUCCCUCUCUCUCUCUCCCUCUCUCUCCCCUCCUCAGCUCUUUUGCUAUGUCUAAGGCAGCCGUGAGGAAGCUGCACUGGUGCUCCAAGGUCCAGGAGAGAUUCAUCCCCCUGGUUGGUUCCUCUGGGGAACUGGGGGUGGCCGUGGGCGGUGGAGCUGACUAUGGAGAGUUCCCAUUCGUCACCACAGCCCCCGGGGGCGGGUUCACAGUGGGCGACAUCAUCCUAGAGAUUGGGGGUACCCCUGUGUUAGGGAUGACACUAGGAGAUGUCCGGGGGGUCCUUAACUCCUGCCCCCAUCCCAUCCGCAUCAAGACGGUCUCACCAGGUACUGUAUGGCUCAGUGUGGUAACUUACUCCUUGGUCUGGGGACACAUUGUGAAUGCUGCUACUUCAUCUGUCAAUCUCUUAAAUCGUUGUCAACCCCAACUUCUUCUUCACAUGCUAACACUAUGUGAAUGGUCACACUGCCUCCCUUAGGCUACUCAUAGAAUAACACGCUUCCCAAGUGGUUAUCCAAACAUUGCUGAAUAAUCACUGAUACUGGAAAAAACAAACUUGACACAACUGUAAGGAGUUUGCUGGCCCAGAAUACUUAGCACCUCUGAACGUAAUUUGUGAACUGAGUGCGCACCGAUUUUACUCGUAGAAUCGCGUGAAAAAUGUCAGACGUCUACUGCGGGCGGUCCCUAAAACACAGUGUGCGGAGGGUGGGAAGUGUUCAAAUUCCUGAUGGCACAUGUGACAAGGAGUCCUGAGAGGGCUGUGUCGACGUGACGAUACAGUUGUCUAUCACCCUGGAGGGGCCUUGGUAUUUAUAGAGGGGGGUGGGGUGACGGAUGUGUUUGUUAGGUCUGAACGGAGCAAUAUGUCACUGCUAUGUCACCUGACUGUGGCUCCCCAUGGCCUUGCUGGGGUAGAUUGAUGGCUAAAUCGCCAGCAGGACUGUAAAUGGGGCCCUUUAAUCCUGGUCCCUCUGCCGCUGGUAUCAUUCUGUGAGCCAGGCGGACAGGCGAACCUCCCUCCCUGGGUAUUCUGAAUGCAUGUACUGUGAACAGAGAUGAUGGGCUGAGCUGUAAUGUGCUGCUGUAUUGCCUGUACUGUAGGCCUACUCCUCCUAAUUUCUCCUCCCCCUCAUGCUCCUCCUCUUCCUUCCCCCUCAUCCACCUCCGCCUCCUCCUCCACCUCCGCCUCCUCCUCCAUCUCCGCCUCCUCCUCCACCUUCUCCUCCUCCACAAUCCAGGCCAUCAGGGACACCAUUGUGCUGUCAGUCUUUAUACCACUAAUGCUAUGAUAUGAGACUUAAGUAAGUGUGGUAAAUGAUCCCUUCAUUAUAUCUGUGACAGAAGAGGAUUAAAGGGCUUGUACCAACCCUGUUCAUGUUUUGACAGACAGACACUAUCAUUACUGUCUAUGAUAACCUUGAAAGCUGAUGUAAAGGACAACACUUUACUUAAUCAUGAUGUGCCAUAUUGUGUUGUGGUGAAGCAGUAUUUAUGGGUGUUUAUCAUAUGUGUUUUUGUCUAGUGCAUUCUGUUGUUUCUGUGAAAACAACAUAGCUCUGUGAAAGCAAGCGCUCUAGUUCAUUUUACUUACAGUAUACAUGACAACAUUAGUCUGAUGUAUUUUUGUAUAUUCAUAAAGCACAAUGCUGGACAUCUGUUUCACAAUGCCAACAAAAGCCUCUCAUUAUUUCUCUCAGAAAGCUGCAGGCCCAGGUCUUGAUCUGCGCGUCAUGCUUGUGUGUAGGAGACUGCCUAUGCUAAUAAAGUUUUAUUACAGUGACGUUUUAAUAGCAGCACAGAAGAUUCAAUCUGCACUCAUAUCUGGGCCAGCCUAGAGUACAGGCCACUUUACCAGAGAUAGAGGGUUGGGAAGCAGUAGCAGCAGGGGCAGGGGAGGAGUGGAUGUGGUGGUCGUCUGUCAGUGUGACAAGCAGGGAGAUGCACUCAGGCCAUCCAUAACACCAAGUGAUUUGUCAUCAGAGGCCAUAAAGCACUUGAGAUUAAACGAAUAGAUCAGAGAGUGGAAUAAAUGCCUGAGCCAUCAGCCCAGCCUGCUGUGUGACAGCACCACCCUGCAGCGUUUUAUACCACUGCCUCUGUGUUAUUAGGCUAUGCAUGAGAGGCUGAGAAAUGCUAUAUCAUGUACUCUGGAUGACUGAUAAAGUGUUAAGAAGGAGAUGUAGUAUGUAUUAGAGAGGGAUGGAUUGGGAAGGAGGGUGUGGGAAUGAUAUAGAGGUAAAUCAAAGCUACUGGAGCGAUACAGUCUGGGGAAUGUUGGCUUGGGCUGUCACUCGUUUUGACAGGGUAUACAAAUAUUUAGACAAUUCGUCCGUUUUUGACUGUUGAGCUGAUAUUGCAAUUUCUCUGUCUGUCUCCGUCUCCCUCGCUCUCUUUCCCCCCCUCUUUCUGUUUCUCUCUGCUCUCUCUCCCUCUCUCUGCCUCUCAGGCUCUGCCUUGUGUAAGGACCUCAGGCUGUAUCUGAGUAAGUGCUUCACUCCAGGCUCCAUGGACAGCCAGCUUCAGCAGGUCAUCCGGGAGAACCUCUACCUCCGAGCCGUGCCAUGUGAGUCCCAUGAAGCUGUGCCCUCUACCUCUACCUUUAACUGUGCCCGUUACUGUCCCCUGCUGCUGUAACCUGUAAGUCCCCUUUAAGUCCUUUGCAGCUAUGCCCUCUAAAUCUGUUGGGACACUAUAGUUGUGUGUCCACCUUUAGCUGUACCUCUAUCUGUUCCAGGGGCUGUAACAUGUGAGUCCCCCUUAGCUGCACCUCUAUCUGUUCCAGGGGCUGUAACAUGUGAGUCCCCCUUAGCUGCACCUCUAUCUGUUCCAGGGGCUGUAACAUGUGAGUCCCCAUUAGCUGCACCUCUAUCUGUUCCAGAGGCUGUAACAUGUGAGUUCCCAUUAGCUGCACCUCUAUCUGUUCCAGAGGCUGUAACAUGUGAGUUCCCAUUAGCUGCACCUCUAUCUGUUCCAGAGGCUGUAACAUGUGAGUCCCCCUUAGCUGCACCUCUAUCUGUUCCAGAGGCUGUAACAUGUGAGUCCCCAUUAGCUGCACCUCUAUCUGUUCCAGAGGUUGUAACAUGUGAGUUCCCAUUAGCUGCACCUCUAUCUGUUCCAGAGGCUGUAACAUGUGAGUUCCCAUUAGCUGCACCUCUAUCUGUUCCAGAGGCUGUAACAUGUGAGUUCCCAUUAGCUGCACCUCUAUCUGUUCCAGAGGCUGUAACAUGUGAGUCCCCAUUAGCUGCACCUCUAUCUGUUCCAGAGGCUGUAACAUGUGAGUUCCCAUUAGCUGCACCUCUAUCUGUUCCAGAGGCUGUAACAUGUGAGUUCCCAUUAGCUGCACCUCUAUCUGUUCCAGAGGCUGUAACA